AUUUAUAAGGAAAAAUCCCGUAGGAUACAGAGAUAAAAGGGUCUCAUUUCCCCACUACAUCUCUCUAUCAUUAACUACACCAACAUCAGCACCGUCACAAUGGCCCAAGUCCUAGUUGUCUACCCUUCCGGUCCUUCCUUCGACCUCGACUACUAUCUCAAGACCCACAUGCCCCUCGUCUCCUCCACCUGGGGAUCCUCCGGUCUUCUAGGCUGGGAUGUCCUUACGUUCCCCGCCGAUGCGCCGUACCAGGUGCAGGCUACUUUGAGAUGGAAGAGCUUGGACGAUUUCAAUACCGCGGCUGCUGGUGAAGCGGCAAAGGCUAUCUUUGGGGAUAUUUCGAACUUUACCACUGCGCAGCCGAUUCUGCUUAAGGGGGAUGUUGUUGCUAGCUCUUAGGAGGUUUGCCUUUUUUUUGUCAGCCAAGAGGCAGGGUAUCUAAGAAAUAUACAGAGUAUUGGGUUAUGGA